AUGGCAGACACCGACUUGCCGUGGGCGUCCAAGCCCAUCGAGAUUCACUGUGACAUGGGCGAGGCAUUUGGCAACUGGACCAUGGGCGACGACGAGGCCAUCAUGCCGCACAUAACAUCCUGCUCCAUUGCGUGCGGGUUCCACGCCGGCGACCCCAUGGUCAUGUACAAAACUGUCAAAGCGGCCCGCCGUCACGGCAUACGCAUCGGCGCGCAUCCGUCAUAUCUCGAUCUACAAGGCUUCGGCCGACGCGAAAUUCAGAUGGACGGAGUCGAGUGCGAGAAAAUGCCCCAUGGAGCUCUGUACGGCGUCAUGUGCAAGGACAAGACGGUGUGCGAGGCCGUCUGCCGCGCAGCCAAGCACUUUACCUCGCCCGACGGCAGCACCCCGGUGCCCAUGAUUGGCGCCGCCGGCACGCUCAUGGAGACGACGUGCGCGGCCAUGGGCAUACCCUUUGUGCAGGAAAUCAUUGCCGAUCUCGAGUACGACGAGCACGGCGACUGCAUCAUAUCCCGCACGCACGACGCCGUCGACCUGGAUGCUCUGCGGACGCGUGUGAGGGAGGCGCUGCAGACGGGCCGCAUCGCGUGCAAGGAUGGCGGCAAGAGGCGCGUGGAUCUGAAGCUGGGCGCUGCACCGCUGAGUCUUUGCAUUCAUAGCGAUACACCGGGUGCGGUCGAGGUGGCGGUCGAGGUCAGCCGCGUUGUUGGAGAGUUUAAUCGGCAGCGGUUUGGUGUUGAAGAGGAAUAG